GCAAUGAGAUGUGGAAAAGUCUAACGACAUUUUUCUAACUUUUUUUCUUUCUUUCUAGAUUCCAAGAGGGUAAAAAGAAAAUUUCUUUAUAAAAUGGUACCACAAGAAGGGGACAGAGAUGGAGGAAAGCAGAAAAAAAUGUACAUUUGCCACAUUCCUGGUUGCAACAAGCAGUAUAGAAGGACGUCACAUUUGAGGGCGCAUCUAAGAUGGCACUCAGGAGACCGGUCUUAUGUUUGCUCUUGGCUGUCUUGCAACAAGAGCUUUACUAGAAGUGAUGAGCUGAGUCGUCAUGAGCGGACUCAUUCAAGAGAGAAGAAGUUCCACUGUCCAGUCUGUCAAAGGGGUUUUCAUCGAACUGAUCAUCUUUCAAAACAUGUCAAGACUCACAGCAAACAAAAUAGACUGAGUCAUCCCAAUGCCCCACAUUCAUCAGACAGCUGUAACUCUUCAGAUGCAGACGAGAUACUCCUCAUCACCUCGGACCAAAGUGGUGACCCCCUCUACAUCUCAACAGAUGAUGUCUUCUGAGGCAACAUUACUUGGAAGCAGCAGCCUUAAUAAUCAUAAUGAUUUAGUACAAGUUGAAAAUGUCAUGAAAUUACUUGCUAUCAUUCAUCUUCUGCAAAUGAACAUUUCCAUGUCAAGAUUUAUUUAGUGUGCACUUUGUUUAUUUAUAAUACCGUAUAGUGAUGGUAGAGAUAUGAUGCCAAAGUUUUUUACUAACAAGUAAAUGUGUACAAAUUUUAAUAAUAAAAGUCAAACUGGAACUAAUGACACUUUAUUUGCUAAGAAAUGGAUACACUAAUAUGUAGUUAAAAAGGUAAUGAUCAUUAAUAAUUUUGCCAAAAAUUUUUGAAGUAUUUGAAUAAAGUGGUUAUUUAAAAAUUUUAAAUUUGUAUGCUAUUUUUCUAUAAUAAUUUCUUAAUCAUAAAGAAUUUUUAGGUAUUUUUUAUAUCCAUAAUUUGUUCUGAAUUUGCAAGCAAAUUUAUUUGCUCAAUGAGUGUUCACUUUGCUAUAAAUUUACAGUUUUGUCUGUUGUUUUCUAUUCAAGAAGGCAAAACGUUAUUGUUCAUAUGCAAAACAAACCUGGGUCUUAGCCUUAGAAUAAAUCUUCUGCUGCCAGCUGGAAAACAGUAAAAAAAAAACAAUAAGAAUUGUUUAUGCAAGGAGUUGGUGGCAUCUGUAAUCUGCCAUGGAGAUAAGGUAGAGGGAGGCCAACGACCCAACUUCAACCGCAUGACAUACAAGUUUUUCUUCUACUGCCUUUCAGAGAGGAUGUCUCUUUCACUCUCUCCUCCCUAAAGCUGGAUUUUUACCUUUGCCCGUGUUUUCGUGAUUUGGUUUUUAAAAUGCAAUUCCAAAACCUAGCUAAAAGUUCUCGUAAGCCUCAAAUGAAAUGUCCUGGUGUAGGAGGGAAAUAUCCAACACUUGCUUUUGACAUUUUUAUUUUUCAAUAAUUUAUAUGUUCUUGAAAUGAACAUUAUCCUGUGCUCAUCUAACACUGACAGUAGUUUGAAGGCUGCUUAAACACAUGCAUCAUGCACAUACACAUUGACAUAAGACAACAAGAAAAAGAUAUUUGAGAGAGAGAGAGGGAACAAAAGGAAGUGCAUACUCUACCAUAACGCAAUGAGUAUGUGGAAGUGUAUACAGGCACAAAUGUGCAGACUGAAAAAUAUUUGUGACUCACCAUUACUUUAGUAAGUACAACAAUGUACUGCAGUAAAUGUUUGUCAGUAAAGAAAGAGGGGUUUGGGGUGUACAGAAAGUAUAUAGUAGUUUACCUUACCAUGAGGUGUACUACAUGUGUUUAUGCACAGGCAAGCUAGGCUUACACAUCUCCUCAGAUAACAGUCAUUUACAUAACUAAUUAAAAUUAGACAAACUUUUAGAUUUCUGUUACUUAACCCUUUAACGCUGAUUGGACGUAUUAAACAUCGAUAAAAAUUGUCUGUCGGGUGCCGAUUUAACAUAUGGUACGUCGAUAUAAAAAAAGUUUUUUUAAAAUUCGUGGAAAAAUAGUUAUAGGCCUACUAGGGGAAAACUUUUGAAUCAUGCGCCUUGGGGGAUGCUGGGAGCUCACGGAUCAAGGCGUUGUUUUGUUACAAUCGUUGCCCAGGCGCGCAAGCGCGAAUUUCUUUCUUCCCGCACUAAAAAGCAUCAGCGACACAUCUCAGAAAUUAUUUCGUAACUUUGACAUAAUUUUUGCACCAUUUUAUAUUAGCCGUUACAUGGAGUAUUAUAUAUGAAAAUUUGCACAAUUUCAUUUAGGAUACAACCAAAAACAACUCAUGGUUGUAGCUUUUAUCACUUUUGAAAUAUUUUCAUAUAAAUAACGAUAAGUGCUAAAAUUUCAACCUUUGGUCAACUUUGACUCACCGAAAUGGUCGAAAAAUGCAAUUGUUAGCUAAAACUCUUAUAUUCUAGUAAUAUUCAAUCAUUUACCUUCAUUUUGCAACAAAUUGGAAGUCUCUAUCACAAUAUUUCGAUUUAUGGUGAAUUUAUGAAAAAAACUUUUUCCUUACCUCCGUGUGGUAUCUCUCCCGAAAAAAAUCAUAAAUUUUUUCGUCCGAUUGUCAUAAUGUUUGCACCAUUUUAAAUUAGCUGUUACAUAAAGUAUUAUGUAAUGGAAAUUUGCGCAAUUUCAUGUAGAAUACAACAAAAAACAACCCAUGGUUAUAGCUUUUAUCAGUUUUGAAAUAUUUUCAUAUAAAUAACAAUAAGUGCCAAAAUAUCAACCUUCGGUCAAAUUUGACUCGACCAAAAUGGUCAAAAAACGCUAUUGUAAACUAAAACUCUUCCAUUCUAGUAAUAUUCAAUUAUUUACCUUUAUUUUGCAACAAUUUGGAAGUCUCUAGCACAAUAUUUCGAUUUAUGGUGAAUUUAUUUAAAAAAAAAAACAUUUUCCUUACGUCCGCGCGGUAACACUUUCGAAAAAAAUCAGAAAUUUUUUCGUCCGAUUGUCGUGACAUUUGCACCAUUUUAAAUUAGCCGUUAUAUAAAGUUUUAUAUAUGAAAAUGUGCACAAUUUCAUGUAGAAUGCAAUUAAAAACAACCCAUGUUGUAGCUUUUAUCAGUUUUGAAAUAUUUUCAUAUAAAUAACGAUAAGUGCCAAAAUUUCAACUUUCGGUCAACUUUAACUCGACCCAAAUGGUAAAAAAACGCAAUUUUAAGCUAAAACUAUUACAUUCUAGUAAUAUUCAAUCAUUUACCUUUAUUUUUCAACAAAUUGGAAGUCUCUAGCACAAUAUUUUGAUUUAUGGUGAAUUUAUGAAAUAAACUUUUUCCUUGCGUCCGCGUGGUAACUGUCGAAAAUAUAAUACAUUUUUUCGUCCGAUUGUCGUAAUGUUUGCACCAUUUUAAAUUAGCCGUUACAUAAAGUUUUAUAUUGGAAAAUAUGUGCAAUUUCAUGUAGAAUACAACAAAAAACAACCCAUGGUUGUAGCUUUUAUCAGUUUUGAAAUAUUUUCAUAUAAAUAACGAUAAAUACAAAAAAUUCGUCCUUUGGUCAACUUUAACUCAACCGAAAUGGUCGAAAACUGCAAUUGUAAGCUACAACAGUUACAGUCUAGUAAUAUUCAAUCAAUUACCUUCAUUUUGCAACAAACGGGAAGUCUCUAGCACAAUAUUUUGAUUUAUGGUGAAUUUUUGAAGACAGCUUUUUUUUACGUACGCGCAUUACGAAUUCAUGCAUCAUUUUGUGAUAAUAUUUUCUCUGAGUUGCCUUGAUCGUUUUACAAUGUGUUAUAUACUGAAAUGAUUACAAUUUAGUGUACAAUACAACGAAAAAAAUUAACUCGGUAGCUUUAACCGUUUUGCUCAGUGCGAUUUGUAUACAAUUAUAUAUGAAUUUUUUUUUUUGCUCUUUCAUAUAUUCAAAUGAUAAUGAUAUUUUUUUCAUUUCUGAUGGUCGCAUACUAAACUUCAGGCAAUAACAAAAAAAGGAGCCAAAAACGAACUCUUAAUCUUGAAAACUAAGCAUGCUGUGAUUCUUUGAAAAAAAAAAAAUUUUCGCUUCAUCGCUCACACGCGAAUGCCGCCGGCAUACAGGAGACAAUUUUUAAAAUACCGCUUCGGUGUUUAACAGUUAACUUUCAGUAUGCUUUUUUUUAUUCAUUUUGUUAUUCAUUUUGUUAGAUUCAGUGUCACCGUCAGUUAUCCAAUGGAGGCAUGGGAAGUGGAGGGGAGUGAGAUGGGGAGGACCACAUACUGCGGAUCACAGAGUAGUUUACACACAUACACAGGGCUAGGCUGAAAGAAUUGGCUGAUUGGCAGUUAGGACAUACAGUAGGUCUUUUUGCCCACUUAACAGAAUAAUGAAAAACAUUGUUCUGGAUAGGCAAUAGCCUUAUGAUUUUAGCAUUUUUUAUUAGAAACAAGCAUUCUCUUUUUACUUUCACUUUCUUUUGAUAAAUCUCAAUUUGGUGGUACAGUAGUCAGAAGAAAAUGUGCUGGUUGCUUGAGAGUUCCUGUUGUUUAAAUACCAGAUACAUGGGAGUUUACUUAACUUUUUUGGCUUCCAUAUUCAUUUCAUAUUACUUAAUACUUAAGGGUCUGGUAUUAGUUAGUCAAUUAUCAUUUCACCUUUUGUAUUUUGGUCAUCAUAGGCAUGUUUUCUAAGGAUGCAACUUCUGGCAUCAUUGCUUCAUCCAAUGUGCUCAUUUAGAUCCCCUCCAAUGAUAACUCUUUCAUGUGCUUCAGUCUAUUCCAUUUCCUUAUUAAAAUUCAUCUAGUAACAAUCUUUCUCCUUUACAUCUUUGUUCAUUGUGCAUGAUCUAUUCAUUCUUCCUACAUUUAAUGUUCCAAAUCUUGAGAGGUGAGCUUGAUCUGGUAGCCCUUGCAAGGCCACAGUUGUGGCAGUUGAGCUGCAGGUCACUACUUGGUGAUGUCUCAGCAGUUCUUACACUUAUUGAACAAUCUCAUAGCAUAAUAUCUUUUAGCAGAUGGUUAACAGGUAGAUGCCUUUCCUGACUCCAACACUCCCUUUCACAGACUUGGGAAAGAUAAAAAAUGUAAUCAUUACUAGAACAACAGUGCAAACUACAAACAACAAACUUUGGAAAGAGUCCAAUUCCAGAGGCAAAAUUCUCUUACAUACUUAUGCCCCUAUAAUUCACUUCCUUGUGCAAGUAUGCCUCAUUAACUUUUAUGUAUUUGGGACCAUUUUCAAUAAAAACAAGAGAUUCUAGAACUGUUUUAUGGAAAAGGUUUACCACCAUUAUCACCUGCACCAUUGUGUGAUGCAAAGUGCCACUGAAUUUUGGCCACCAUGUCUUUCCUUUGCUUUUGCUUCCAUAAAUCUGUGUUCAUCUCCAGUCUCUUAUUUCAUUUUUCUCAUCCAUGUAGGUCUGGUUCUUUCAACUCUUCUGAUCCCCAGAGGACCCCGACUGAAAUGUACACCAUUCUUCAUCUCUUAUCAUGAAUCAUUUGCUUAUGAAACCUCUGUAAUAAUCGUUAUGAUAUAAUUUCUCAUAAUAUCCUGACAUGUAAUUUUUAACAUUGCCAGUUGUAGAUCCACAGCAGGUGGUAAAAGCUAAACUAACAGGUUUAUGAGUGCUUCAGUGGAGAGUAGGUGUGCAGACAUGUACCUGCUGUUCCCUCAUCCCAAGUCUUCCAAGUUUCCUGAGGGUGAAGACCUUUAUCUCACCCCAUCAGAAUUACUUUGUUGGAAGAGGAGGGAAAACAGCUGCUUCCUUCAGUAGGACUCCUUAUCAAGAAACUUGACUUGGAAGCAGUGUGGGCCUAGGAUAAAACUUUGUGGCACAGGGACCUGAACUCAGCACUGCCAAAGAUUCUGAAGACUGGUGUAGAAGAAAGUACUCCCACAGUUAUCACAAAUGGUGCCAAGAUUCCUGCUGAAGUCCCGUCCCUCUUCCUGGAUAACGCUAUGUUGAUUGCCAUUUGUGCACAUACAAACGACAAGAUGAAGUUUUAGCCCAAGAAGUUCGAGGACGAGAUCAGCAACACCUUUUGGGAUCUUGAUCUCCUGGAGUUGAAGGCCUUCCUUGGAAUCCUGAUUAUGUCUGGCAUUAAGGACAACCAUCUUCUAGUGGUGAUGUAGUCACAAGUCCAUGACACCCCCAUCCACAGGAAAACCAUGUCUGAAUGUUGAUUUUCUUUUAUUUUUAGGGCCCUUUGGUUCAACAAUUCUGCCACCAGACUGGAGCAAAUGAAAACAGAUUAGGUUGCUCAUAUUCAAGCCCUAUGGGAUUCAGUGAUAGGGCACUGCUAUAUCCAAUAAACCAGUGAAAUAAAUUUGUAAAAAAAUUUUGCAUUGAGAGUAAUCUGAAUUUUUUCCCUAGUACUAUACCUUUAUUUAGGGACAUUGUAAUUACUUCCUAUACCAUAGCCUUCAAGCCUGUGUUUUAUUUCCCGUUGGUGCUUUCAUAGCUCCUUGGGACAAAAUAUCUAUUUCUGGGACAAAAGUCUUUUCUCACUUAAUUUUAGUUAUUUUAUUCAAGAAGCAGUUAAAUUUUGUUAAAAUGGCUCUUCUUAAUUACGUCUGCUAAGGAGGUUAUGUUUUGCAUUUUAUAUGUUAUACCAUCAAAUCUUAUCUUUAAUAUCAAAACACCCUUUGUAAAUGUAGGAAUACUCCAUGGCUCAUUGUGUACAAAUCUCAAGAUUUGUCAUUUUCCAAUUUUCUGGGCAAGGACAGCAUAACUUUUUGGCAUUUCUAAUAUGUAAAAGGGCGGAUACAAUUCACAUUUUCUCUUUAUUGCUUCACUUCCUAUUUUGAUACAUAUUUUUUGUUAGAGAAGAAUCCAUCCUUAGGGAUGUUGCUUUAUCUGGAUAAUGUUUUCUUUGGUGAUGCCGCUAAGUUGUUCAGCUCUUUUGAUGUAACACUGUUAUUUUCCUUUGAAAUACACUGAAAGUUGCAAAACACAGUCUAUCUGGUGAUGCUGUCGUUAACUCUGCUCGCUUCCUCUUUUAGUUUUACAGUGGACCCCCAUAUUCGCGUUCUCCAGAUUCGCGGACUCACACAUUCGCGGAUUUCUAUCGGGAAUGUUUCCCCGCAUUAUUCGCGGAAAAUUAGCUUAUUCGCGGUAUUUUUCUAUGAGAAAUAUUGACAAAAUCUUGUUUUUUUUUAUCAAUUUCAUCAUAAAAUGCUCUUUUUGUGAUAAAACUAUUAAAAAGCCAAGUAUAAACAUUUUUAGUGGGUUUUUCUUGAGUUUCAACUAACAAAAUAGGCUGUUUUCAGUGUUUUUAUAGGGGUUUCAAUAUUCACGGGGGGUCUGGUACGCAUCCCCAACGAAUACGGGGGGACCACUGUAUAUGAAGCUGCUUUGAAAGAGACAGCUGUAAGUCGACCUCUUGAUGUUGAAGCCCUUGAUUCCAUGUGGUCAUCUGUAAUGGAUCUCAAAAGCAUGGAUAGCCAAUCACUAUAUUUUUUAUGCUGUUUCUUUAAAUAAUUUGCAAACACUUCACUAUCAACGUUAAUAGAUUGGUCAGUGAAUUUUUCCAUGUUUGGAAGUCAUAAUAUUUUGAGGUAAUGCAUCUUCAUGGAAUUGCAAAAUAUUUAAUUUUAUGGUUCAGAUAUUACUGUACAUUAUGAAACAAAAUAUUUAUUAUUUUAAUAAAAACUCAU